GGCCUGGUUUAGAUAGAGAGAGAGAGAGAGAGAGAGAGGGAGGGAGGGAGAGAGGAGAGAGAGAGAUAGUGUGUGUCUGAUCGUUGAGAGGGGGAUUUUAGCAGAGUGACGGGUAGGUGGGUUGUGGGGUGCGAGGGAGGGGGUGAGUGAAUGAAUGGUAAUUCCGGUGGGGUUUGCUAGAGUGACGGCCCGGUGGUGUUGGUGGUGCUGCUGACGACUUAACUCACUGUCUCUCUCUCGCCGGCGACUGGAGCCAUGGACUUCGAUGCCGGAAUUCCCAUGUCUCGUGCUGCCGUGCCCGUCACCGACGCUCCCUCACUGUCACCCUCCUUGACCCAAGAUGCAAUGUGGCAAAUGAAUUUGAGAUCAAGUGAAACAAUGGAAGCCGGGGGCUAUCCCGAGCGAACUGGGGAGCCAGAUUGCUCUUAUUACAUCAGAACAGGACUUUGUAGAUUUGGAGCAACUUGUCGCUUUAAUCAUCCACCUAACCGGAAGCUGGCUAUUGCCGCUGCAAGGAUGAAGGGAGAGUUCCCCGAAAGAAUUGGACAACCAGAAUGUCAGUACUACCUGAAGACAGGAACCUGCAAGUUUGGAGCAACAUGCAAGUUUCAUCAUCCUAGAGACAAGGCGGGAAUCACUGGAAAAGUUGCCUUAAAUAUCUUAGGCUAUCCACUUCGACCGCAGAAUGAGAUUGAAUGUGCCUAUUAUUUACGAACUGGACAAUGCAAGUUCGGAGGCACUUGUAAAUUCCACCAUCCCCAACCUACUAAUAUGAUGGUUUCAGUGCGUGGCUCUCCUGUAUAUCCUACUGUCCAAUCUCCAACUACUCCUGGCCAGCAGUCGUAUGCAGGAGGAGUUACAAAUUGGUCGAGAGCAUCUUUUAUUCCCAGUCCACGCUGGCAAGCUCCAUCAAAUUACGCUCCUCUCAUUGUUCCUCAGGGAGUGGUAUCAGUCCCUGGAUGGAACACAUACAGUAGCUUCUACAAGCUUGGCUCCGUUUCAUCUGCAGAGAGUCAGCAACAAACAGCGGGAAACAGUCAGGUGUAUGGAACUUCACGCCAAGGUGAACCAGAAAAUUCAGGAUCUCAAGGGGGCUUUUCUCCAUACCGUUCAGGUUCCAUCCCUGUAGGGUUCUAUGCAUUGCAGAGGGAAAAUGUAUUUCCCGAGAGACCUGGCCAGCCUGAGUGCCAGUUCUAUAUGAAAACCGGGGAUUGUAAGUUUGGUGCAGUCUGUAGGUUCCAUCAUCCUAUGGAGAGGUUAAUUCCUGCCCCAGACUGUGUUUUGAGUCCAAUAGGCCUUCCUUUACGACAGGGAGAACCUUUGUGCAUCUUCUAUUCUCGUUACGGUAUCUGUAAGUUCGGACCAAGUUGCAAGUUUGACCACCCUAUGGGCAUCUUCACUUAUAAUCUGUCUGCGUCAUCUUCGACUGGUGCCCCAGCCCGACGUUUGUUGGGUUCGACGUCCAGGGCGGCUUCAUUAAAUUUAUCAUCAUCAGGACUAGUUGAAGCAGGAUCAGCAAAUCCCAGGAGAGUUUCAUUGUCAGAGCCUAGACAGAUGCCUAGUGCAGAAGAUAACAACAUUGACAGAGAGGAGUGAAAAGCGGCUUGAAAACGAACCAUUUACAUUAACAAUCUUUUGAGGGAUAUCUGCAAGUUGAUAUCUGGAAAUUUACAGAGAAUUGUCCUGAAGAUGCAUUUAUCUGACAGAUUCAACCUUGUGAAUUUCACAUUGCUGCAUUGCACUGUAUAAACAUCUGCAAACAUUGUCUUGUCCCAAA